AUGAAGAGAAAGUAUUUAUGUGGUCACAAUCGUCCAUUAACUCAUGUAAAUACAAACUGUGAUGGAGAUUUAUUAUUUACUACAGGAAGGGAUAAAAAGUUCAUUUUAUGGAACUUGGCCGAUGGAAAUCAAAUAGGCCUUUAUGAAUGUAGUGGAGCUGUAUAUAAUUCUGAUGUCACAUUCGAUAGCAAAAGGGUAGUAUGCUCAUCAGCAGCAAAUAAAAUAUAUAUAUUCGAUGUAUAUACUGGAGAAACUUUAAAAGUUAUUGACGAGUCAGGACCUGUACGUUUUGUCGAAUUUAACAGAGACCCAUUAAAUCAAAGUAGAGUAAUUGCUGCAAUUGAUAGACUAAAAGCAGAUCAUAAAAGAUUUAUAAAAUUAUAUGAUUUAAAAAGUGAUACAUUAAUAUGGAAACAAGAACAUGAAAGCCGAUGUAUACAAGUAAGAUGGUGCUUUUUUGAUAAAUUAAUUUUAUCUGCUCAUGAAAAUGGUGAAAUAGUAAUAUGGAAUUCCGAAGAUGGACAUCAAAUUCGAAAAUUCCAAGCACACACAAAAGAAGUUACAAAUUUAUCAUUUGACAAGGAUAGAAUGAUUAUGCUAUCAUCUUCAACUGAUGGAACUGCUAUUUUAAGAGAUGCAGUUAAUUUUGAUAUUAUUAAUGAAUAUAAAGCAGAUCGACCUUUAAAUACUUGUGAUAUAUCUCCAUUAUUUCGAAGUGAAAAUAAUCCAAAAAAUCAUAUCAUUUUAGCUGGUGGUCAAGCCGCAGAACAUGUCACUACUACUGCUACUGGAGAAGGUAAAUUUCAAACUUUACUUUAUGACAUUAUACAUGCCAAUGAAUUGGGAAGUAUUAAGGGACAUUUCGGUACUGUUCACUCAAUUAAAUUUUUACCACAUGGGGAUGGUUUUGUUUCGGGAGGAGAAGACGGUUUUGCUAGAAUUUACCAUUUUGAUCAAGACUAUUUUAUAGGAAAGUAUGAUUAA